AUAUAACUACUAGUUAGUUAACCUGCGCGAGUUGGCGAGACGGAAAAUCAGACGUGGGGGUGAGCGUCUGCGGCUUCCGCUCGAAAAAGAUCUAUAUUUUCACCAUUUCGUCUUAAAAAUAUAAACUCCAACUACUUUCCAGAAUGGCGGCUAACAUGUAUAGAGUUGGUGAUUAUGUCUACUUUGAGACUUCAUCAUCACAGCCAUAUCUUAUUCGCAGGAUUGAAGAACUCAACAAAACUGCCAGCGGCAAUGUGGAGGCCAAAGUGGUAUGUUUCUACCGCCGUAGAGACAUUCCCAACUCACUCAUCCAGCUUGCUGAUAAACAUGCAAUGGCUUUGGAGGAAGAACAAGAGGAGGCUUUGGAAGAGUUAAAUGAGAAGCAACGUCAUCAGUUGAAACAUCGUGAACUGUUCUUAUCCCGUCAGUUAGAAACGCUUCCAGCUACACACAUCAGAGGAAAAUGUACAGUCACCCUGCUCAAUGAGACAGAGAGUCUCCUCUCGUACUUGUCAAAAGAUGAUGCAUUCUUCUAUUCCUUGGUGUAUGACCCACAACAGAAGACUUUGCUUGCAGAUAAAGGAGAGAUAAGAGUUGGUUCUCGCUAUCAAGCUGAUGUCACUCCACUCCUCACAGAAGGUGAAUCGGAUGGUCGUGACCUUUCUAGUCUUGAGGCUCUGACGUGGAACCCGGAACACUGCAUGAAUGAUAGAAGCAUCGAUCAGUUCCUGGUUCUAGCAAGGUCUGUUGGAACCUUUGGUCGUGCACUUGACUGCAGUAGUUCAAUCCGUCAACCAAGUCUUCAUAUGAGUGCUGCUGCGGCAUCAAGAGAUAUAACAUUAUUCCAUGCCAUGGAUGUCCUUCACCAGCAGGCGUAUGAGCUGGCCAAGGCUAUGGCCAUCUUGGUUCCGGCUGGUGGACCGGUCAUCUGUAGGGAUCAGCUGGAGGAAUGGUCAGCUUCAGAAGCCAAUCUCUUCGAAGAGGCUCUAGAAAAAUAUGGCAAAGACUUCAAUGAUAUCAGACAAGACUUUUUGCCAUGGAAAUCCCUGAAAAGCAUUGUAGAAUAUUACUACAUGUGGAAGACCACAGAUAGAUACGUACAACAGAAGCGACUCAAGGCUGCAGAGGCUGAAAGCAAACUCAAGCAAGUUUACAUACCUACAUACAACAAACCAAACCCUAAUCAGAUCAAUGUAGCAUCCAACCUUGGAAACCGCCCUAGUGGACUAAUAGCCGGAGGCAACCCUUUAGGCCAAGGCCCACCUCAGGUUCAGCCUUGUGCUAGGGCCUGUGAGAGCUGCCAUGCAAGCAACUCAUUUCAAUGGUAUUCAUGGGGUCCUGCCAACAUGCAGUGUAGACUCUGUGCUACAUGCUGGGUUUACUGGAAGAAAUGCGGUGGACUCAAAAUGCCCACUAGACUUGAUGGUGAGCGUCCUGGUAACCUUAGGAACCGUACAGAACGCCCUCCCAUGCCCUUGUCUGGCAUGCAUCGGCCAUUCUGCUGUACUAUCAGUGGAUGUGGCAAGGAAUUCAAACUGAAGGCACACCUAGCACGCCACUGCCAGACGGUGCACGGUCUGACUAUACGCACCAGCAACCCGAGGGCUCUGUCCCUCAAGACCAGACAGGCGUUCAUGCUUGUUACCACCCCACUCACACGUCUCUCUCGGUUCCUCUGUAAGAACAUGCUCAAUCUACCUCACGUUGCUAGGUGCCCGUUUGAUCCUAUCAACGUAGCUGCUGUCAAGCAGGAAUGUCAGAAUCAGCUAACACCGGGUGUUAUCCCCACUAUGCCGAAGCUGAAGCCAAAGGUCUGGGCCAGGGUAGAUAUCGUCAUGGCUAACUUGGAUCAGGAUCGGCCAAAGAAACCAGUCCCUCAGCGCCCAACACCAAACGGUAACGUACGCCCUCAGCUGACCAAUCCUGUUGGCACACUAACUCCUAACAUCAGAAAGCGACAGCUUGAUGACAAUGGAGGUAGGGAAGAAAAGAAACGAAAAGAGGGACCACAGACAAAACGUACCACCAUAACGGCACCUCGUCAAUACAGAAGAACUGAAUAUGAUGAAGAUGGAAAACUGAGAGAAGUGGGUCAGGGGGAUCCCCUAUCUCGGAGGAAACGACCAAUCAGCUGGCUGGAUGCUCCUGAUGAUGUAUUCUUCCAUGCGGACAGUAACACCAGAAAGUUGAGAAAACAGCUGAGUGUGCAGGCACAGCGGCGCCUGGCUCGCCGUCCAUGGACCAUGGCCGUUAGACCGCUCAACGCAGGGGUGAUCCCACCACCGCAACCAGCUGGAUCACCAUCAGCAGUCAAACCACCUACGGAUCCUAUUGUUAUUGAUGAUGAUUAGAUUGAUUGAACAGCAUUACCUAAGCCCCUUUGUCCUACGGGGGGGGGGGGGGGGGGGGGGGCUGUCAAUUUCAGAAAUCUCACACUGACUUCAAACUGACCCGUGCUUGUCUAUACUAUGUUCAUGUAACAUAUAGCAUGUAAUAUUCAAUGUGCUAACUAACUUGGUCUGAGUGGGGUUUUAUACGUAUAUCAUGGGUAUAAGGAUAUCAUUGUUAUAUUAGACUGUCCUUGGUUCUUGUUUGUUCCCGGAAAUGUUCAAAAAUGAAGCGAAUUCCUGUGGAACCAAAGGUUUUUGCUGAAAACCUAUUUUGUCAGGGCAAAAAUAAUCUAUUUGUAAUCGAAAACUGUUCACUAUAAUGAAUUAUACAAUGUUUUACAUUUGUUGUGAACAGGCCUAGUUGUGAUGCAAUUAUUAUGAAUACUUUUUAAGAUUAAAAAUGCAACACAAUUGUAGCUUGCUCAAUUUUAUAUCUCAAUCAAGUAAAGGAAUUUAUAGCCUCUGAACUUGUUGCAUAUUUAGAGGAUGUUUUGUAUGUUUAGUAUAUCAAUAAAUUUGGCAAAUGAGUCUUGUGUUAAAUGAGUUGUCCAAUUGAAUUUUUUUUUUCAGUGAAUUGUAUCCAUAGCAACACGCAGUGCUGUUAAUAUAAAACUCCUAUCUGGUACUUCAAGAAAUGUUUUGGGACCUUACUCUUUCCCAAUGAGUUUGUCUUAUCAGUCAACAUAUAUUUUAUGACUGAUGAAAUCUGUAUUAUAACACAUUUUUGCUUAAGUACUUUACAUCGAGAUAUCACUGUGGGGGUAUUUUUUUAACCAGUUUUUGUAAAAUGGAAAAAAAGAAAAAACAAAAACACUGAAUGAAUGUAAAUAUCGAGUCAUUGAUAUCAAUGAAAAUAUGCUUGAGGAAUUUAACUUUGGCAUAUUUUUUUUUGUAAGUGUGAUUGUAUAUAUGUUAUUAUGUAUAGUUGAGUGAUUUUAGACUAUUGGAAGGAAUAACAAAACUUUCUAUGUAAUUGAAAAUUUCUGAUUCAAGAUACCUUUAUUAUUCAAGAUGACAAAAAAGUGAAUGAUUCAUUGUUGAUUUUCUUAGUAGCAAUACCAUUUCAUAGUGUAAAUGGUAAAGUCAAUGUAAUACAUGCGUACAUGUAUUUGUAAUCAGUUCAUUUUUAUUUUUAGAAACUUUAGUGCUAUGUUCUUAUUAUUUAUAUCAUUUGUUGACCAAUUUUCUCUUCCAAACAGUGAUUUAGAUGUUACAAAUAUGCCAUAUUUUGAAGUUAUAUUUUACUGUUAUAGCUUCAUUUAUAUCAUCGGAUAUUUGUCGUUUUAUCACUCAAAAGGCAUCAAAAUUGUCAUCUUAUAAUCUGACGUUAGAAUGUCAAAUUAUUCAGUGGAAUUCAAAAAUAAACAAGCAAUAAUAUUUUUAUUAAUAUCCCUAAUUUUUUUUUAAACAUCCCCUAUAUCAUAUAGGGCUUUGUUGUUAAUGUAAUCUUGUCAAAAUUGGCUAGUAUGAAUUCACUGGAAAUAUCUCAAUUAUUUGUGUGCCAAAAUCUGAUUUAAUUAUUCUGAAAUGUGACACACUGAUAUCAUUUUGUGUUGAUUUAUAGUGUUACAUUGACAAUUUUUUUAAUAACAUUUCUUGAAAAAAAUCCAUGAAAAUCCAAUGCUGAACCUUCAAAGUGGGCUUUUACAUGCAUAUACAUGGAAAAUGUUAUUCAAAAAGUAUAUUUCCCUCUCGUAGUAAUCAUCUCAUAUUGAAGUGUCAUCAUAAACAGCAUGGAUCAAUGAUUCCUGAUUAACAAUGUAUCUUACUUUGUAGCCAGGAUGCCAAUGUCUCUUUUUGUAAAUAGGAAUUUUCGAUAGUGAUUGGAAAGUAUUACUUGUAGCUAUGUAUUGAGAAAAGAAUAGUGCUUUUAUACUAUGAAGGAACUGUUUCAGUUAUUUGUAUUAUUUUUCUUGUUUAUCUUUUCCUAUUGUCCUUUUUUAAAGCAAUUUUUUUCAUAUUCAGUUCACAAACUCAUUACAAGGAAACUCCAAUGAAAAUACUAUUGUUAACUUAUGUAUGUUGGUAACAUAAAGGAUGCUUUGUGGCUGUCAUUCCUAGUAUGAUAAUAAACUUGUAAUAUGUAUAUAAA